AGCGUAAUCAAAACCAUUUCCUUAUCGAUCCGUUCAAUGCUCUAGUUUUAGAACAGCACACUAUGAAGCUGUGCCAAUAUAUGUUAUCAGUCUGUAAAUUAAAACUGGAUCUCUGAUUUUAUGAGAUUUCACAAAGAUGGAAUCAACCCCUUGUAAAGUUUCAUUCAGCUUUAUCAACACAAAUGAUCAAAAAAUCGAUUUAUAAAAUCACAUGUUGCAUAAAUAUUAUAAAGGAUUGAUCAUACUGAUAUGUACUUUUAUAAUCAUACUGGUCUAUCAAGCCUUAAUUCAGAAAUCCGAUCCAAACGUUGCUAUCCGAGUAUUUAUAAACAACAGUGAAAUAAAUGAUUGGGUAGCACAAAGACAUGCAUAUCAGAAACUAGUCCAGCAAUCGAAUACUGUUCCUAUAUUGCAGCCUAAAUUUUUGUGUCAGUCAGAAACAAAAUUAGUAAUUAUUGUUUGCUCAUCAAUUGGUAAUUUUCUUCAAAGAAGAGCUAUAAGAGAUACUUGGGGUAUAGAUGUUUCACAGGCAGAAAAUACCUUAUUUUAUUUCUUAGUAGGUACUACAAACAAUUCUAAGAUAAGUGAUGAUCUUCAAGAAGAAAGUCAAAAAUAUUCAGACAUUAUUCAAUACGAUUUUAUGGAAAAUUAUUUAAAUUUAACUAUUAAAUCCGUCCUACUGUUAAAGUGGAUUGUAAAUUAUUGUAAUAUAGCUAGAUAUGUUAUGAAAGUGGACGAUGAUGUAUUUUUGCAUAUUCCAAAUAUCGUUAAAUAUAUUGAAGCAGCGAAAGAUGUAAAAUUGAUGAUUGGUACUCUUUCUUCGAAAGUUACACCAGUUAAAAAUCCUGCUCAUAAAUGGUUCAUGCCCAUAAAUGAAUAUCCCGAACCUAUGUACCCAGAUUAUCUUACCGGUGGAGCAUACAUUUUAGGAAAUUAUGCUGUAUCAGAGCUUUAUAAUAACUCGUUAAAAAUACCGUUUAUACGUAUAGAAGAUGUUUUUAUUACAGGACUAUGUGCUCGUUAUUCUGGUUUGAAACCCAGAAAUCACGAUAAAUUUUUACAUAUCAAACUAAAUAAUAAUCCUUGCCUUUUCAGAACUUUAUUUUCUGUUCAUUCUGUUUCUGUUGUAGAGAUGUAUAAAGUUUGGAGUCAAGUUUUUGAUCCUCGUUUCAUUUGCCACUGGUGGUCUAAAUGGAUUUAUUGGGAAUAGUAGUGUUUUAUUAUACAUUAAAAUACAGGUCAUUUAUCCAGUACAAUUUGUUAAGCAAUUUCCAGAAAAGAAAACUUUACGUAAGGAUCGCCAAGUAUUUGUAUAAAUAUCAAUUCUGCAAAUUUCUGAUUACCAACUUCAGAUAGAAAUGAACUCUUCUUAGCAAAGCUUUUAAAUUAAUUUCCAUAAACUAAAAACUUAAUAGUUUAUUUUAAAAUGUUCCAAUCAUUUUACAUGUUAUUAAUUAAAAAUUAAUCAGUAACGUAAUUCAUAUUAUAAA